CAAGGGCCAUAAACCACCUGGCUGGCACAGCCUAGCCCUCAGCAGCACAGGCAGAAGGAAGAGGAGGGAGGGGGAUGGCAGCCAGCCCCCUGCUCUGUGUUGGGAGGACACCCCGGGUGCCACCGUGGUGGCUGGGAGCUCAGCCCUUUCCGUAGGGCUGGCACCGCUGCCCGCGGUGGGUCCCUCAUGCCUACUGGCCACCCUCAUGCUGGGGUCCAGGAGUGCACCAGGGGGGAACAGGUCCUACUUCCCCUUCUUCUCAGACUUCAGGGGCUACAAUGUGACGGCCCUGCGAAUUGGCGAGUCAUCUGCCCUGGCCUCCAUCUUCCUGCUGGCCUUGGCGGGAAACAUCUGGGGCAUUUACCUGCUGGUGCGAAGGCAGCACCGGCUCUCUGCUGCCAACUGCCUCGUCCUCAACCUCUUCUGCGCCGACCUGCUCUUCAUCACCGCCAUCCCCUUCAUCGCCGUCGUGCGCUGGACCGAGUCCUGGGUGCUGGGCGACGUCGUCUGCCACAUGCUCUUCUACGUGAUGAGCCUCAGCGGCACCGUCGUCAUCCUCUCGCUGUCGGCCGUCAGCCUGGAGCGUGUCGUGAGCAUCGCCCGGCUCCGGCACGCCGCGCUCCGCCGCCGCAAGGCGCUGGCCGCCGCCCUCCUCCUCAUCUGGGCCUUUGCCGCCUUCGCCACACUCCCGCUCUGCUGCUUCUUCUCUGUGGUGCGGCUGCCCGCCGCCGGCGAGGACAUUCAGAUUUGCACCUUGGUUUGGCCCAGCAAUGCAGGAGAAAUAGUUUGGGAUGUGACCUUUGCCACUGUUUUCUUUCUGGUACCAGGAUUAGUCAUUGUCAUCAGUUACUCCAAAAUCCUACAGAUUACAAAAGCAUCAAGAAGGAGUUUAAAUGCUGGCUUAGCCUACUCAGAAAAUCAUCAGAUCCGUGUUUCCCAACAAGACUACAAACUAUUCCGAACCCUUGUUGUUUUGGUGAUCUCUUUCUUCAUCAUGUGGAGCCCAAUUAUAAUAAUUAUUCUUUUAAUCUUAGUUCAGAACUACAAAGAAGAUUUAAUUAUUUUUCCAUCAGUUUUCUUCUGGAUAGUGUUAUUCACUUUUGCCAACUCUGCUGUCAAUCCAAUUUUGUAUAAUGUUGCCCAUUUCAGACGUAAAUGUCAGGAAAUUUUUCUCUGUUGUACAGGGAUCCCUGUAAGGCAUGGGGCUGGUACAGAAACCACUGUAAGAAGAAGUAACCAUGAACAACCAAAUCUGUCUUUCAUUAGCAGAUAAUUAUUUAAAGUUUAAGUUGUGACACAUUUUUGAUGUUAAUGUCUAUGUUAACCCAAGUUGAAUAGGUCACUAUGUUAUAGUACUAUAUGCCAGAGAAGGAAAAAAAAAAAAAAAGCAAACUAGAAUCUGUAUUUUUGAUUCCUGAAAGUAAAAUUCUCGACUUCACUGCUUUGCCUUAGUAAGAUUUGGACAAUUUAAUCCAAUGGAUUUAAUUUGCCACUUACACUGAAAUAGGUAUGAAUAUGGCAGUUAACUUGGUGUUUUUAAAUAGUUGAAAUAAGUACAUACCAGACGAAUUAAUUUCUAUGAGGGUACAUUUUUAGUUGGCAUAAAUGUCAUUAAUGAAGUUAUAGUGAGUCUGUGUCAGGGGCACUUGAUCUAUUUUUACUCUUUUAUUUUCUACUGAGUAAGAGAUUAACUUUCUAGUGAAAAUAUACAUCCUCAGAAAGUAUCUCUCUUUUAUUCAAUCCCAUUUAAAACAGGCACUUGAUUAUACACUUAGAUAACUGACUGCCUGAACACAGGUUUGAGCAGACUAACCAAUUUCAUGUAGGAAACAAGAUGAUAAGCAUCAUAUUGGUAGUAUCACCAGGUGAAUAACCAAUUAUAUUCCACCUCAAAUUAAAAAUAUGGACAUAAUGCCUUCUAAUUUAUAAAUAAGGAAUAAAGAAAUGUUUACUUGUUGUGUGUAAAAUAGUUCUUUUUAAAAGAUGCAUAUUUUUUAUGAAUUCAGUAGGCAUAUAAUAAAGUUAAUCAGUGAUAUAUAAGCUCACUGAAAUUUCUUCCUCUUUUCUAAAAUGCUAUUGGGAAUGAUUUCCAGUAUUUCCUAGGAGAAAAGAUGACAUUGUAUUGAAAAUAAAUUAAAAUACAUUUAUUUUGGUUCUUUUUAAUGGAAACUCUUCAGUCAGAAAUUGAAA